AUGGAGCUCCUGGGAGCAGCCACUAUUGUCCUCCUGGUUUGCAUUGCUUGCCUGCUCUCCUUCACAGCAUGGAAAGGGAGGUCUGGGAAGGGGCAGAUGCCUCCUGGACCAGCUCCCCUUCCCAUCCUAGGUAACAUACUGCAGGUGAAACCAAAGAACUUGGCCAAAACCAUUGAGAAGCUCAGUAAAGAGUAUGGACCAGUGUUUACAGUGCACCUGGGUUCUGACCCAGUGGUGAUGCUGACUGGAUAUGAUGUGGUGAAAGAAGCCUUGAUUGAUCGUGCAGAUGAGUUUGCCUCCAGAGGACACAUGCCAAUAGGAGACAGGGCUAACAAUGGAUUAGGGAUUAUUUUUAGCAACAACAACGAGUGGUUACAAGUCCGCCGGUUUGCUCUCACUACGCUGCGCAACUUUGGAAUGGGGAAGAAGAGCAUUGAAAUGAGAAUCCAGGAGGAAGCUGAGUACUUGUUGAAGGAGAUUAACAAAACAAAGGGAACACCUUUUGACCCAACCUUCAUGCUGAGCUGUGCUGUCUCCAAUAUUAUAUGCUCCAUCGUCUUUGGGAAACGAUAUGACUAUAAAGACAAGAAGUUCUUGUCCCUGAUGAACAAUAUGAACAAUAUCUUUGAGAUGACAAGCUCCUCCUGGGGACAGCUCUACCAGAUGUUCCCAAAUAUCCUGUAUUAUUUGCCUGGCCCACACAACAAAAUAUUUGCAGAAUUUGAUGCUCUAAAAGACUUUGUGUCAGAGGAGGUAAAGGUACACCAAGCCUCUCUAGAUACCAGCUCCCCUCAGGAUUUCAUCGACUGCUUCCUAAGCAAAAUGGAGGAGGAGAAAAAUAAUCCAGAUUCCAGUUUCCACAUCAAGAACUUGAUAACCAGCACCUUUGAUUUGUUCAUUGCUGGAACUGAGACAACCAGCACCACCAUAAGAUAUGGGCUUCUGAUGCUUCUCAAACACCCAAAGAUACAAGAGAAAGUUCAAGAAGAGAUUGAUCGGGUAAUAGGACAAUCACGAAAGCCUUCUGUGGCAGAUCGGACUCAGAUGCCCUACACAGAUGCAGUGGUCCAUGAAAUCCAGCGCUUCAUCUCCCUCAUCCCCCUAGCUCUCCCUCACACUGUGACCAAAGACACCUGCUUCAGAGAGUACGUCAUUCCCAAGGGCACUACAAUCUUUCCCAUCCUCAGUUCUAUCCUACAUGAUAGUAAAGAGUUUCCAAACCCAAAUGAGUUUGACCCUGGACACUUCUUGAAGGAGAAUGGCACAUUUAAAAAGAGCAACCACUUCAUGCCCUUCUCAGCAGGGAAACGAAUAUGCCCUGGAGAGGGCCUGGCACGCAUGGAGAUAUUCUUACUCAUAGCCACCAUAUUGCAGAACUUCACCUUGAAGCCUCUCGUUGACCCCCAGGAACUCGAUGUAACUCCAGCAAUGAGUGGGACAAGCAAUAUACCUCCUGCCUAUCAGCUCUGUGCUCUGCCCCGAUGA